GCCCCAAGGACAUCAGGCAUGAAGCCUUUAUUUGGGGAUGUGGCAAGGGCCUGGGCUGGGAUAAGGAUGAUGAUGAACCAGGCGUGUUGUGGUGCAUGACGGACAUUACAGACACGCUGUCGUCCAAGAUCAGCAUCACCCCACAGGCGAAAAAGGUAGACCCUCGGGUUGCGAUGGGGUUCAUGAAGAACCCUCCCAAGUUCCUCUUGAUUGGCAUGUCGUUGGCGUCGAGCAAGCCUACGACCCUUCGUGGUGUGGACAAUAGGGGCCUGAUGGAUACGAAGCACCGUGUUGAGUUAGGGCAGAAGUUGAUGAGGAGGGAGUUGCGGAAAAGCAAGCCCAAGACCGUGAAGACUUACACAUGCCCCAAGUGCAACCAUGAGUUCGAGCCCAAGUCCGCCAAGCGACAGAAGACUGAGAAGACGGCCGCACCGUAG